CGGAGCUGGGCCCGGAGGAGGUGCGCUGGUUCUACAAGGAGGACAAGAAGACCUGGAAGCCCUUCAUCGGCUACGACUCGCUCCGCAUCGAGCUCGCCUUCCGGACCCUGCUGCAGGCCACGGGCGGCCGAGCCCAGGCCGAGGACCCGGACCGGGAUCAUGUGUGCGGCCCGGCCUCCCCCGCGGGCCCGGCCUCCAGCUUCGGGUUGGACGACGAGGACGGCGUCUGCGGCUUCUGCCCGCGCACCGCGGGGCACGAGCCCGAGAUGGAGCGGCUGGUGAACGUGGAGCGGGUGUGUGUGCGGGGCGGCCUCUACGAGGUGGAUUUGAACCAAGGAGAAUGCUACCCGGUGUACUGGAACCAGGCCGAUAAAAUACCAGUAAUGCGUGGACAGUGGUUUAUUGAUGGUACUUGGCAGCCUCUAGAAGAAGAAGAAAGUAAUUUAAUUGAGCAAGAACAUCUCAGCUGUUUUAGAGGUCAGCAGAUACAAGAAAGUUUUGAUAUUGAAGUGUCAAAGUCCAUAGAUGGAAAAGAUGCUGUUCAUAGUUUCAAGUUGAGUCGAAACCAUGUGGACUGGCACAGUAUGGAUGAAGUAUAUCUUUAUAGUGAUGCAACAACAUCUAAAAUUGCAAGAACAGUUACCCAAAAACUGGGAUUUUCUAAAGCAUCAAGUAGUGGGACCAGACUUCAUAGAGGUUAUGUAGAAGAAGCCACGUUAGAAGACAAGCCAUCACAGACUACACAUAUUGUAUUUGUUGUGCAUGGCAUUGGUCAGAAGAUGGACCAAGGAAGAAUUAUCAAAAAUACGGCCAUGAUGAGAGAAGCUGCUAGAAAAAUAGAAGAAAGGCAUUUUUCCAACCAUGCAACACAUGUUGAAUUUCUGCCUGUUGAGUGGAGGUCAAAACUCGCUCUUGAUGGAGACACUGUUGAUUCCAUUACUCCUGACAAAGUACGAGGUUUAAGGGAUAUGUUGAACAGCAGUGCAAUGGACAUAAUGUAUUAUACUAGCCCACUUUAUAGAGAUGAACUAGUUAAAGGCCUUCAGCAAGAGCUGAAUCGAUUAUAUUCCCUUUUCUGUUCUCGGAAUCCAGACUUUGAAGAAAAAGGGGGUAAAGUCUCAAUAGUGUCACAUUCACUGGGAUGUGUAAUCACUUACGACAUAAUGACUGGCUGGAAUCCAGUUCGACUCUAUGAACAGUUGCUGCAGAAGGAAGAAGAGUUGCCAGAUGAACGAUGGAUGAGCUAUGAAGAACGCCACCUUCUUGAUGAACUCUACAUAACAAAACGACGGCUGAGAGAAAUAGAAGAACGGCUACAUGGAUUGAAGGCAUCGUCUAUGAUACAAACACCUGCCUUAAAAUUUAAGGUUGAGAAUUUCUUCUGCAUGGGAUCCCCACUAGCAGUAUUUUUGGCAUUGCGUGGCAUUCGCCCAGGGAACACUGGCAGUCAAGACCAUAUUUUGCCCAGAGAGAUUUGUAACCGGUUACUAAAUAUUUUUCAUCCGACAGAUCCAGUGGCUUAUAGAUUAGAACCGUUAAUACUGAAACACUACAGCAACAUUUCACCUGUCCAGAUCCACUGGUAUAAUACUUCCAAUCCUCUACCUUAUGAGCAUAUGAAGCCGAGCUUUCUCCACCCAUCCAAAGAACCUACCUCAGUUUCAGAGAAUGAAGGAAUUUCAACAAUACCAAGCCCUGUGACCUCACCAGUCUUGUCUCGCCGACACUAUGGAGAAUCUAUAACAAAUAUAGGCAAAGCAAGCAUACUAGGGGCUGCUAGCAUUGGAAAGGGACUUGGAGGAAUGUUGUUCUCAAGAUUUGGACGUUCAUCUACAUCACAGCCAUCUGAGACAUCAAAAGAUUCAAUGGAAGAUGAAAAGAAGCCAGUUGUCCCGCCUUCUACCACCACUGUGGCAACACAGACCCUUCCACACAGCAGUUCUGGCUUUCUUGAUUCUGCAUAUUUCAGACUUCAGGAGUCGUUCUUUAAUCUCCCACAUCUUCUUUUUCCGGGAAAUGUAAUGCAGAAUAAAGAUAAUACCCUCGUGGAACUGGAUCACAGAAUUGACUUUGAACUCAGAGAAGGACUCGUGGAGAGCCGCUACUGGUCAGCUGUCACGUCGCAUACUGCCUACUGGUCAUCCUUGGAUGUUGCCCUCUUUCUGUUAACCUUCAUGUACAAACAUGAGCACGAUGAUAGUGCGAAAUCCAGUUUAGAUCCAAUUUGAACUCUUGAAGGACAUUAAUGGCCCAAUACUGAUUUUUUUUCUGUUAAAAUAUGUGUGUCAAGAUAUAGAGAUUUCACAUUUAAGUAUGUUUCAGUUUUGUUUAGAGCAAGAAAUAUUUGAAUUUAAAAGCACUUUAUUUUAUUUAAAAACAAAACUUUUUUCAGUCCAAAAGAAGUUAUUUAGUUUUCAUCAUUUUAAUUAUGAAUCUGAUAGAACCCCCUGCAGAGAAUCAAGCAAGUCCUAGAAGUAAGGAACAUUUGGGUGAACUGCAAGGUUAUAAAUCACAUCUAAUUUUCCCAAACAGAAAGGCAUAUUAAUGCGCUGAAUCUAAUGUAUUAACCAAAAUAUGUUAUAAAUCUAAAAUGGCCAGGAUCUAGUGUAUUCUGUGUAAAGAUCACAAGAUGGUAUCAUUGUUUUCGAUUUCUAUGAAAGCUUCCAUUUCUAUAGUUCUUUGAAAGAGUAUAACAGAUCUGAUGUUUUGAAUUUAACUUCUUUAGCAAAACUAAUGCUGAAAAAGAAACAAUAUUUGGACUACUGUAUUUAUAAUUUAUUAUUUCUGACAAAUUGCUCUGUUUCAGUGUGUGCAACAUUACUUUUUUUAAUGUUUUCUUUGAACAAUUUGAGAACCACAUUUUUUUUCUAUAGUGUUAAGACCCUUUUUUUUCAGAACUUCAUCUUUGUACUCUUCAGAUGAAUAUAGACACUGUGGCAUACUUUGAGUUUUUUUUUUUUUCAUUAAAAACUUGUAGUUUCACACAGA